AUGAUUAAUAGCAACCAGAGAGAGAGAGAGAGAGAUGAUCACAAGAAACCGUUACAGUUUCUGAAGAACAAAAGAAGAAAAAAAACAUGUCAGGAACUGAAGCCGAGAAGAAGAGGAAGAAGAAGAUUUCAGACAGAAGAGAAGACUGUUUCUUCAUGGGCUGAGAAGAAGAGCCUGGCUGACAAAGAAGCAGAGACAUUAGCACAAGACAUCCAACAUCUUCAUAAAUGGGUCAAUAUGAUCGAUACCAUGAACAAAGAACAGCUGAAACAGUACAUAGUUCAUGAGUCCGAGGAGUUGGAAGAUCUCAGGAGCAAUCACAGGAGAAGCAAGGCGAAAAGGGUUUCAAAGAACAAAUCUCCAAGUUCAAGUGGAAUCAUGGCUUCGAUAUGGAAAUUUCACAAGGAGGACGACGAAGAAAACACUGUAAAAAUAUGAUAAUUGACACUUUGAGCAGAUACUGUAGAAUGGUUCUUUUAACUCCAAUGCCGUUGCUGUUUUAUACCAUUGUUUCCUAAAUAUAUGGAUGGAUCUCAUAAAUGUCUUCUCUUCACUAGAAUCAUGAGAGCUUAAGAACCUGGAAGACCUUUGCUUUCGACUGCCAAUCCUCGCUUAAAUGCAGGUCUAAAGGAAAUUUGGCUGCUUAGGUUUCGCACAUUUCCCAUCCGUUUCCGCAAGAGCUCGGAGGAUCGCGUUCUUGACCCUUCGAUUAUCAUUUUGACAUCAUUACAAGCAAAGCAUAGCAUAGCAUAUGACAGGGCAAGAAAUGCACGACGGAAAGCAAGAGGAUUUACUCCCACAUGCCCGACAAAGCACGACAACUGCAGAUGUUCAAGACAACAAGAGCCGUGUAUGGUUGUUUGUUAUCAUGAACUGGUACAAGUUCUCAAACUGCAUUCACUAGAAUCACAAUGUUUGCCUCGACCACAUGGAAAAUCUCAAACCCAUGUCCAGAUGCAACUGAGUGAGCUAGCAAAGGAAAAGCAGCAGACUUCAUUUCAUUGCACCCGAAAUCCACAGAAAACGUAGAUGCUUCGUAAC